AUGAACGGCAGAGACCGUCCCCGUGGGCCUCCGCAGGGGCCCCCGCCAAAUCGCGGCCCUGGUCCGCAAUCCGAUUCAAACUCCAGCCCCAGCACCAUGACAAGAGGGGCCGCUUUCGAGGACGAGAAGGCGCGGAUUAUCAAAAGCUGUUUUUCGAAAAAAGACGAAGAUGGAACUCUACUCGAAUCCUACAUCACCCAUGUCCGCAUCACAGAAGACGGUACACAUCCGUCAAGCCCCUUUCCUCCGAAUGGCCCCCCAGAGAAUAGGAAACCUCGGAUUAUCAUUAUAUCUGUGCGAAAGUCAGGUCGAGUCCGCGUACACAAGGCUCGAGAGAAUGCCGAGGGCACUUUCUCUAUUGGAAAGACUUGGAUGCUCGAAGAUCUUUCCGCAAUCCAAUCUUAUGCCUCCUUUGUACCGAGGACACAGGGCGAGCAGCAGCAGAAGGAAUGGGCCAACAACUGUGGCUUCACCGUUACCAUUGGAAAGCCAUACUACUGGCAUGCGAGAACUUCCAAAGAGAAGGAAUACUUCAUCGGGAGUCUGGUCAAGAUCUAUAGGAAAUACACCAAUGGUAACAUGCCCAAUUUGAUCGGGUUUGAUGACGCGGAACGCCAAAUGCUGGCAAGACACGGUCAACCACAGGCCAGGCCCUCGGGGCCAUCAGGUCCUCCCGGACCCCAGGGCGGUCCUCCAUCCAGGGGCCCUGGUCCAAUGCCCCCGGGAUCCGAGAGUGCGAUGCCUCCGUCCUUGCAACCAUCUUAUAGAGGCCGUGAACCAACCCGCGAUGGGCCUCCGGAGGUCAGAAGAAAACCAUCCGAAGACCCGGCUGCGCGCGCUCGAAGCCGAGAUCAAGCGUCCCGGCCGUCGACUGGCUCUCGGCCAUCUACUGGGCAUGGUAAGCCGGCACCCUCUCCCUUUGAUUUGCACAAAUCACCCCCUGCCUCACUUUCCCCUGGUCCUCCGGAGCAACCGCCGCCACGUGCACCUGAACGCAUCGCAGCAAACGCAAAAACACCCGCAUCGCUACCGGAAUCUAGGGGCAAAGAGCAGCCUCUCGCUAUUUCUACAAAUCUUGACCCCAGCUUUGGCGGUGUUCCAGAUGGACUUCGGCCAGGGUCUUCUCGCAGCCAGGACCGUGGUCCCAAGUCUCCAGCUCUUGGGCCCCAAGGCCCGAACAAGGGUCUAGAAUAUAUGCGCAGCACCGAAGGGCUUCGACCUACCACCGCCGGCUCAUCUCAUAGUGAUAUUCGGGAAACGGCGCCACGUCCAGCGCCUAGCUAUGGCCCCAAAUCACCCCAACGUGAGGCCGGUGAAAAACCACCAAGCUUCACCCCGCCACCUUUGCCCCAAGAAAGAAGCGCACCCGAUAGCUUGUCAGCUGGGGGCGCACCACACCUUCGAGAGCCCUCUUCAUCCCCGGGUAUUGAGGGACUGGCAGCAGAGCCUGCUGCUAUGUUCGCUGCGAAUAUGCCAACAGAAGAGCCGUCACAUUCUCCUGACCCGACUCCCUCUGCCGAGAUCACCUCUCCGGUCGAGACAUCAUCACAAGCUUCUGCAGCGCCAGCCGAUGAACCGGGAGAAUUUGAACCUCAUCGUCCUGGCCUUGGUCCUAUGGUCAAGAAGAAGGCCGGCAAGGAUAUUGCAGGUGCAUGGAAAAAGGCCGCCACUGCUGCCGGGGCUUUUAAGCCUAGAGCGGGUGGAGCCGGAGAGCGUCUGCUCCAAGCCGCUAAGAAGCAACAGGCAGAAGUUGUUGGACCUGAUGGAAUAACUGGCGUUGUGCCGGCGCCUUCUCUCAGUAGGUCGGCGACAGAUCCUCCGCAGAGCCCAGUGGGCGCAAAGUCGGAUCAAGAUCUCCAACUACCCACCCCUGUAGUCGCACCUUCGCCUGCACCUUCGCCCGCAGCUAUACCUAUACCUCCUUCGGGUCCGGAAACACCCACCGUCGAGAUAACCGAACCAGCUCUCCAGGAUAAGCAAGUGGUUGCGGUCGAAACGCCCGAGGUUUCGCAAGAGAAUCUCACAGACAUAGUUGUUAAGGUUGAAGAUCGUUCAAGAACACCCUCUCCUGCCGCUCAGGGACGCCGGCGGAGACACCGCGAAGACCAUACUAUGAAAUACUGCCAAGCUCUCGGCAUCGAUCCUCGUGUCCUUGAUGGACGUGGUAUCGACUUCGAUGACAUCCUCACCGACUUGGGCUGGAAUGGGCGGUUGGCAGAUGAACAGAAGAUUGAAGAUCUCGAAGCAGAUGUUCGCCGUGAAAUUGGCCGUGUCGAAGCAACCAGCUGGCUUGGAAACCUCGAACAGCAAGAAGGAAAGGUCGAACAACUCGCGAGUCUUAUUGACCGAACAAUUGAAGAGUGCGAUGAGCUGGAUGGCCUACUGACCCUUUACUCCCAUGAACUUAAUACUCUUCACGAAGACGUCGCCUAUAUUGAGGCACAGGGCCAGGGUUUGCAGGUGCAAACCGCAAACCAGAAGCUCCUCCAAAACGAAUUGCAGAACCUCCUGAAGACGCUUUCAAUCUCUUCGUCUGAGCUUGGCCCCUUGAAGGAGGCUUCUUUGAGCAAUCCAGAUGGACUCAGGGAAACCGAAGGCGCCCUUUCGACACUGUAUAAGGCUAUGCUCAUGAUCGACUCUGACAUUGGCCAAAAUAAGAGACGCCAGGUCGACGCAAGCGUUGGUGUAUAUGCCGAUACCGAAAUCGGCCAGAUGCGAGCGAUUAAGCAAAAGAAGGAAGAGUACCGCUCAACGGCGAUCCUGUUCCUCAACAGAUUGAAGCAGUUCAUGGCCCUUGCUUUCAAAAUGGCAGAGCAAAAACGUGCAGAUGCAGCAGCCAGUGGCGCUAAAGAUCAGAUGAAGCUGGACACUGCUGCACGAGGGCAUUUCCGCCAAGAAGUCUGGCGAUACAGUGCCAUAAUGCUCUUCGCCAAGGAAGUCAGUAUGACUGAAUGGCAUAGCCUACUUGGGCUGUAUGAACAGCAGUCCAAGCCUUCAUACCAGACCGACUUUCGUGAUAACAACGCGGCUUGGAAGAAAACCGCUCGCAAACCAACUGGUGAUGAACAAGAACUCCUUUUCACCCACCAAGAGAAAGAAAAAGAGACCGAAGGCCUCACCAUGGCGGCCAGGAAACUCACCGUGCGGCGAGGCAAGACCGUACGGGCUGCCGCUGGGCUUCGACUGGCUUCUGGCGGAGAGAAGAAGCAAGGACGAGUUGAGCCGUCCGAGGCGUUCUCUGGCACUUUGCGGGAGACAUUGAAGAUGAUGGCUCAGGAGCAAAAUUUUGUUAUCCAAUUCUUCCAUCUCAACUCCCUUGCUAGCGCUGAAUUCCCCGAUAUUGUCUACUCGACGAUUCCCGAAAACCGCAACUGCCCCGACUUCUCCGCCAACCAGUCACACGAUCCCGAUCGAGGGAUGGCAAAGCGAGUGGAGCAAAUCAUGGAUGAUAUCUACUCGUUCUGGCCGAAUGACAUGCAAAGCAUGGUCGAUUGGGCCAUGUCCGCCGACCCUCUGCAAGGCAUUGGCAUCCUGCACGCCUUGGAAACUUCCAUGGCCGACUUUGAUGACACGAACCAAGAGUUCAUCCUUCAUUCGCUCCAAAAGCUUCACUCCCGCCUUAUGGGUCUAUUCAAUCGAUUCGUGGACGAACAGAUUCGCGGCAUCGAAGACACGAAGGUCAAAAUCAACAAACGAAAGGGCGUCAUCUCCUUCAUGCGGGUCUUCCCUAACUUCUCUAACGCCGUUGAAAGCAUGCUCUCCUCUCCUUCGGGCUCCUUCUGUGAUAUCCGCAUCAGCGUGAAUGACGCUUACGACCGCAUCAACCGUGCCAUGUGGGAGUCCCUCAAGUUCAUCGCCAAGGAAGCUCCGGGCCAACCCCCCGGUGUGGCCGCCGGUGCCGGCGACCCAGAGGACAAGGAAAUCCUCAACUACCACAUCCUCCUAAUUGAAAACAUGAACCACUACAUUGAGGAAGUGGACGUGCAUAACAUCCCUGCACUGGAGCGCUGGGUCGACCGCGCCCACCAGGACUUCCAAGAACACAUGAAACUCUACUUGGACUCCGUGAUCCACCGCCCGCUCGGCAAAUUAAUUGACUUUACUCAGAGUGUCGACAAUCUCCUUGCCGCGGGAGGCAACCCGGCGGACAUUGCGGGCCGGGCCAGCCAUUCUCGGAUGGUGGCGAAGAAGCUGCUCUCCUCCUACGACAAUAAGGAAAUUCGCCGUGGUAUUGAAAUGCUUCGGAAGCGGGUGGAGAAACAUUUUGGAGACGCUGAUGAUCCAGGUCUCAGUCGCAGUCUCGUUCUCAAGGUGUUGCGGGAGUGUGAGAACCGUUACGAGCAAACGUAUGAUCGGACGAAACACAUUAUGGAGACGGUAUAUGAAGGACAGUUGGAUCUAGACUGGCGCAAGGAAGAUACUCUCAGUAUGUUCCGCAAAUGA